ACUCUUGUGGUGCAUUUAUGAAGCUCUAGUGGGUUCCUACAAUCUGUUUCUCUAUUCUAAAAUCUCAAAGAGGGGGAGAGAGAGAGAGAGAGAGGGGAAGGAGGGCCACAUAGCUAUCAGCUGCCCAACCUGCAAGGCUGGAGCAAUGCAGCUACAUUGAACUUGUAAGGCACCCUACUUAAACCCAUUAUUGGUGCAUCAAUAUUUUCAUCCACUUCAUUAACUUCAUCACUGCAUUAAUAUCUGCUAGCUCAAGAGAGUAGUAGAGAUAUAUACUAGUGUGUCAUAUCCACAAUAACAUACAGAGGGAGAGAGAGAGAGGAGCCUUCACCCACAUGGAGAGUGCCAUGGCAGCCCGAAGGAGGACCCUACUCUUGUUGUCCUUAUUACUACUCUCUUCAAUCACCAGCGAUGCUGAUGCUGCCCCUAAACAACAAUCCCUCGAUCGAAUCUCAGCACUUCCCGGACAACCACCGGUCACCUUCUCCCAGUUUUCCGGCUACGUUACCGUCAAUGAGCACCACGGCCGAGCUCUCUUCUACUGGCUAACCGAAGCCACCACAUAUCCGGAGAAAAAACCUCUUGUUCUUUGGCUCAAUGGAGGACCGGGUUGUUCAUCAGUGGCAUAUGGAGCAUCAGAGGAAAUUGGGCCAUUUCGGCUUUACAGAACUGGUUCAUCUCUUUAUCUCAACAAGUAUUCAUGGAAUAGAGUAGCAAAUAUUCUCUUCCUGGAAUCACCUGCUGGUGUCGGCUUCUCCUACACAAAUACAAGCUCCGAUCUCAAAAACUCCGGUGAUCGACGAACAGCUCAGGAUGCUUUAAUUUUUUUGGUGAGAUGGAUGUCAAGAUUCCCAAAAUACAAACACAGAGAAUUCUACAUUGCUGGAGAGAGCUAUGCUGGUCAUUACGUCCCCCAAUUAGCGAAGAAAAUCCACGAUUACAACAAAGCAUCGUCCCAUCCCAUCAUUAAUCUUAAAGGAUUCAUGGUGGGCAAUGCAGUAACAGAUAACUACUAUGACAGCAUUGGGACUGUCGCAUUCUGGUGGAGCCAUUCCAUGAUUUCAGAUAGAAGCUAUCGAUCAAUCAUGGAUCAUUGCGAUUUCAUUGCAGAGAGAACUUCUGAGAAGUGUGAUGAGGCAGUGAGUUAUGCUAUAAACCAUGAGUUCGGAGACAUUGAUCAAUACAGCAUUUACACACCAUCUUGCAUGGCAUUGCCAAAUAGUAGUACCAUACGGUCUCCACGCUUCAAGAACAGUCUUGUACGUAGACGGGUUUCGGGAUACGAUCCAUGUACUGAGAAUUAUGCAGAGAAAUACUAUAAUCGACCUGAUGUGCAGAAGGCCAUGCAUGCAAAUUCUACUGGAAUUCCUUACAAAUGGACUGCUUGCAGUGGUGUUCUUAUAAAGUACUGGAAUGACUCUGAAGCCUCCAUGCUACCUAUUUACAAGGAACUAAUUGAAGCUGGUCUCAGGAUCUGGGUUUUCAGCGGGGACACAGAUGCUGUAGUCCCAGUGACUGCAACUAGAUUCUCCCUCAACCAUCUCAAUCUCACCGUCAAGACUCCAUGGUAUCCAUGGUACUCGGGUGGCCAGGUAGGGGGGUGGACAGAGGUGUAUGAAGGGCUAACCUUUGCCACUGUGAGAGGUGCCGGGCAUGAGGUUCCUCUGUUUCAGCCGAUGCGAGCUUUCCUUCUCUUCAGAUCAUUCUUGGGUGGAAAGCAACUACCAAGUUCCUCAGAAAAUUAGCAGGAAACCCAUUUCACAGAAAUUGAUUAGGUUUGAGCACCUAGACCAAAUAGUGGGAGGAGCAGUUACACUAGUCAUCAUUCAUUCCAUUUAGUCUUAGCAUGAAAAUUAUUGAGACAAGUGUGCUUUAUCUCAUAUUGUAGACACUGAUUUCAAGAGGAAAUAAAUUGAAUGUUACAUUGUUAUUCAA